CCGGGUGAUAAUCUCCACGAAGGUUGAUAUGGGCUGACCUCGGUCCACAGUGCAGAUGACAUACAUAUGUAUGUAUAAUCCGCAACCGCAACGUGAUCUGCAUCGUGGAAUAUUAAAGGUCGACAACAAAUUUGUAGUAACAGAACCAUCGCUGAAAGGUACAUUCCACAAGAGUUGGUGAAAAGCUUUGGAAACGGUAGCUCGUCCGUCCAGAGGUUAAACUAAUGAUAAAGAAUCACGUAAAGAACAUCGAAUCAUAGAUAUAUAAUAUCUACGAUCGUAUCGUCACCGAAGAAAUACCACGAUCUUAUACACUUGAAUACCUGGGAUACCGUGUGCGUAGUACCUAUUUUGUUACAUUAUCGUGACAGAAACAGAAUGGUAUGAUUUACGCCAAAGGACAUCUACGGGGAUUAAAUUCAGUUGUUUUCAGAAAUAACAACAUUCCUAGCAUACAAAAUGCGUGUCAGAAAGACAUUGGCUGUCUUUGGGGCAGGAUUGGUCUUUGCAGGGUGCAUCAUGCUCUACUUGAUGAUGGAUUUGGCGUUAUUUCCAAAUGAUCAUGGAACAAAACUACCCCUCAAAGAUAGUCAGUGGCUACAUUUUGAAAAUAGACUGUCCAAGUUGGAAAAAGACUUCAUUCAACAUCAUGAAGCUAUGAAUGCAUUGCAAAGUGCAGCUCAAUCUAAAGAUAUGGUCAUACACAAACGAGACAUGGAACAUCAUGAGGAAAUGGAAAUAAAAUCUCCAUUUUCCAACAAAAUGAAUGGAGGCAUUAUUGACCAAACAUGCAGUUUUUCACCUCGGAAGGUCCCAGAGGUUGACAUUCAAAUGUUAGACGUUUAUAACAAACUGAAGUUUGACAAUCCUUAUGGUGGAGUAUGGAAGCAAGGCUGGGACAUUGUAUAUGACGAAAAACAAUGGCAUCCUACACGAAAGCUCAAAGUUUUUGUUAUGCCGCACUCUCACAAUGACCCAGGUUGGCUGAAGACUUUUGAAAAGUACUAUGAGACAGAAACCCGUGACAUACUCAACAAUUUAGUGGUUAAACUAGCUGAAGAUCAGAGGCGUAAAUUUAUCUGGGCUGAGAUAUCGUUUCUCCAACUCUGGUGGGAUGAACAAAUCACAAGAAGGCAAGACGAGUUGAGACGGCUAGUCCACGAUGGACAGUUGGAAAUUGUUAGCGGAGGUUGGGUGAUGCCCGAUGAAUCGAGUUCACACUGGUUGGCUCAGCUCACGCAAUUAACCGAAGGCCAUCAUUGGCUCAAAAAUAAUUUAGAUUUUGUCCCGAAGUCAGGAUGGACAAUCGAUCCAUUUGGUUUAUCACCUACGAUGCCUUAUUUGUACAAGGGUGCUGGUAUGGACAAUCUAUUGAUACAGAGAGUACACUACGCAAUCAAAAAACAUUUUGCCAAGGAGAAACAGCUAGAAUUCCGGUGGAGACAACUGUGGGAUGGAGAUGGCACCUCUGAAUUCUUUACACACAUGAUGCCGUUCUAUAGCUACGAUGUACCCCACACCUGCGGACCUGAUCCCCGAAUAUGUUGCCAGUUUGACUUUAAGCGUCUCCCUAAUUACGGUCCACCUUGCCCUUGGAGAGUUCCCCCACAAAACAUCACUCGUAAUAAUGUACCGGAAAGAGCCUUGCUCUUGUUGGACCAAUAUCGUAAAAAGGCACAGCUAUACAAGACUAAUGCAUUGCUCAUACCAUUGGGUGAUGACUUUCGAUAUAAUCAUGGUACAGAAUGGGAUGCUCAGUAUCACAAUUACCAAAGGCUUUUUGAUUAUAUGAACUCCAACAAAGAACUGAAUGUCCAAAUUCAAUUUGGGACCCUGAGCGACUACUUUAAGGCGGUGAAAGACGAACUAGCCACAGAGAAGUUUCCAAGCUUAUCUGGAGACUUCUUCACUUAUGCAGACAGAGAGAAUCACUAUUGGAGUGGAUAUUAUACUUCGAGGCCAUUUCACAAGAGAUUGGACCGUGUAUUACUGAGUUCCCUAAGAGCUUCGGAGGCUAUGGCUGCUACAGCCUGGGUCCAAGGCAGCGAUCAAUUAGCUGAAGGCGCUAUGUUGGAAAGGCUCCAAAAUGCCAGGAGGUGGCACUCCUUGUUUCAACAUCACGAUGGCAUAGCGGGAACAGCUAGAGAACAUGUGGUUGUUGAUUAUGCUGAAAAAAUGAUAUCGGCAUUGAAAGAUAGUGAAUACGUGCUGCAACAGUCUGCAAUGUAUCUGUUAAAAAGUCAGAAAGAAUCAGUGAUUGACUCUAAGGCCACCUACUUUUCUUUGGAUGAAUCCAGAUCACAUCACACAAGCCCUGGUGAUAAACGUCUGCUCACCUUUGGCGGGGAUAAGCUCUCGAGGAGGGUGAUCUUUUACAAUCCGCUACCCCGACAGAGGACUAAGAUUCAAACAUUGACUGUAUCGAUACCAUAUGUUAAAGUGACCAAUCGGCUUGGUCAUUCGAUUCGAUGUCAGAUAUCUCCAGUUUGGGCCGAAGUAGCAACAUUAUCUGCUGCCAAGUUUGAGUUAUCCUUUGAAGUUACUGUGCCUGGUCUGGGAAUAAGCACGUAUUUGAUCCAUGCCCUCACCGACACAACUUUACCGCCGCUGGUUCAUAUUGCGAACGUCACUUUGUACAAUGUCCGAGCUCCACCUUCACCCGUACCGGGCUUUGCUCACCUGCGAGUAAUUCAAAAGAAACAAGAAUUUUCUAUCCAACGAACUGCGGAGGUUGCCGCCUCAUUCACAGAAUCAGGACUUCUGAAAGCGAUGCGUGUCAGCAAUACUACGGUGCCGAUCCAUCUAGAGUUCGUAAAAUAUGGAACAACAGCCUCUGGGGAUCAAAGUGGGGCUUAUCUGUUUUUGCCAGAUAGACCAGACCCUGUUCCAAUUUCUGUGCCACCCACGACAGUUGUACACGUGGUAGAAGGACCACUGUUAUCGAGGGUGUACCUCGAAUUGCCUCACCUUUUGCACACUUGUACGCUGUUCAAUUCCCCCGGUAGCGACGGACUUGGUCUUCAUAUUCAAAAUGAAGUGGAUAUUUCGGAAACACAUAACUUUGAGCUUGCUAUGAGAUUAAAUACAGAUAUUUCGUCCAGAGAUCAAUUCUUCACCGACCUCAAUGGGCUUAAUAUGAUAAGGCGACAGAGAUUUCCUAAGCUACCUACGCAGGGAAAUUAUUAUCCUCUACCAACAGCUGUAUACAUCGAAGACCAAAGAAUGAGACUGACAGUAACGACAGCACAGCCACUGGGUGUUGCUUCCAUGGGUACAGGUCAAAUCGAGAUAAUGCAAGACCGGCGGCUUAUGCAAGAUGACAAUCGUGGAUUGCAUCAACCAGUAUCAGACAACCUUCUCACCAAUCAUAUGUUCACUCUGGUAUUAGAAAGACGAAGUUCAUCUUGUCUCGAAAAUACAACAGCUCCUAACCAUCCAGCGGGCACAUUGUCCUUGGCAGGUCAUUUAGCUUCGCAAGAACUGCUACAUCCGAUAUUGGCACUUCAUCCCUCUGAUAGCACAUCGAAAGAAUUGCAUCCAGAGCUAUCGCCGUUACAUGCCGAGUUCCCAGUGGACAUAAACGUAGCCAGUCUCAGGGUUUUUCCAGUUCCUGAGGGUGCGGACAAGGGCAUGGGACUAGUGCUACACAGACAGGCCUUGGAUCUUUGCUGGGGUGAAAAGUCCAUGAUGCAGAGAUUCCAAGUAUCAAAUAAUGGAAAAGUUGAUUUGAGCAAGUUCUUAGGAAAUAUGGAAGACUGGACGAUGAGUGAAGCUCCACUAACGUUUAUUAGCAUCGGACCCUCUCUUAAAUCUCCGAUUGUCCAUUUGUGUCAACAUCAAAUUUUGUCCAUAUUAAUGCAUAGAGCGCAGUCUUAAGACACGAAUGCAUUAGUUGGGGAGCCGUUGUCAUACUAACACAUAUAAGAACGUUUAAACGGAUGCACUUAUACAUGAGUUGACCGAAGUACCAAUCAUUGUGAGUCAUUGGGUUUGAGCCUAAAAAAUCAGUCCAGUGCAUUUUGGUUGGCGUUAGGGUAAACGAGAGAUAAGUUGAGCUUGCUGAGGAUGAUGUAGUGCAAGUUUUCUCUAGUAUCCGGCGUUGUGCUGUCCAGACCAUACCUAAAACAAUGGUAGUUGUAUAUUAUACUCAGAUUCAGGGUCAAGUCUUUCAUUUUGAAUAUAUGUAUUUAAUUGUA